AUGAGUGAAUCGUUACAUCCCUACUUGCCGUUAUCAACCCCGAAACUCCCUCCAUUAUCACAGAGUCAAUGUGCUAUAAAACAUCGCUAUAAAAGGGAGCAUCAUGUGCACAGUCUGGUGGUGAGUCCCACAUCUCGGACCCUAUUGCGCAAACUUAUCAGGAGCAGAUCUGGUGACUUUUGGAUCCAGCUGAUGGAUGACUCCUGGUCUUCUCCAGUCAGGUCUGCUGUGUACCUGCUGGGUCAGCAGGUGAAUGUGCAGGUCUCCAUGCGACAUAAUUACCAAGGGGUCAAGCUUUUUAUCAACAGCUGUUAUGCAGCUACAGUCAACACUUUGAGUCAAGCAUCCAAACACAGCAUCAUAGACAAUUAUGGGUGUUUACGGGAAAGCCGGAUAAAUCCAGGUGCUUCAAGAUUCAGGUUCUCCAGGGCAGACAAUGUUGUUCAGUUCUCCUUUGGUGCUUUCCAGUUCAUUGAGGCUCCAGAUGCACAGAUCGCACUCCAUUGUGAGCUCUCUGUUUCUGGUGGUGGACCUAGUCCAAUGCAGAAGUCUUGUUUUUACAGCCACACUGAUAAAAGAUGGAUCUCAGUGUUUGGUCAAGAUUCUAUCUGUGACUGCUGUGAUUCAGUCUGCAACCAGACCAAAACCAAACGAAUAACACAUGAAGGCAAGUAA